AUGGCAUUCAAUCCCGAGUAUCAGACUCGCAUUGGCGACGGUAUGGUUGUUCGUUUCAGACACCCAUUUUAUCGUCGGGCGGGCCAUCGGAUCCAAGACGUCCUUGAUGAUUUCAACCUGCCUCGUGUCUGCUACAAGAUUGUAGCGAGUACCUACGUGUUGUUCAUGGUAUGGGGCUUCUAUUUGAUCUUGCCACUUCCGGGACACUGGAGCCCCAAAGCACAGCCCGAUGCCUCGGCCAUCUCUCAGGAUCCCACCAAGGAAGUACAAGUCGGAAGUCCCAAAUUCUACUUUGAGAUCUUCACGGUCGCCGCUGCAUGCCGCUUCCAUGCACCCGAUCUAUACGUCCCUGCAGAAAACGCAAUUCAGAACAAUGGCAAUUCAUCCUGUGCUACGUGCCAGGAUUUUCCGCAAGCCAUAUCUAAAGGCAACUCCAACGCUUCCGGCAUACUUCAUUGGGUAAAAGGAUGUCAUUAUCGUUGGGACUCGACUGGCAAAAUCUGCAUAGAUUUCAGGCGCUUCGAUGCGAUUGUUUUCGUGGGAAACGUCAGCCUGGAACCGAUUUACAAUGCUGUCAGCGCUCUGCUCCGACAAAACCUGGUCAAGGGAUCGUUGGCAAACUGGGACGUGCCUGACGAGAAUCAAUUUACCGAGCCGCUCUGCUCCAACCACUUCCUCGCCUCCAACCGAACAAGUGCCCACGAUGCCCUCAGCAUGUGGAACAUGACCGGCUAUGGGUGCUCCCUGGAGGGGCCGCAGUCCGCAGACGAAACUGGCCGUCACUCAGGUCAUGAUGGUCCCCAACUAGCUGAUUUGGCUGGAACACAAUCGAAGUUUGGUCUGAUCGUGAUAGAGGCACCUCAGAGUGUGAUUGGUGUCGAGGCUUGCAACGUUUCCGAAGUUGUCCUUGACUAUCCCCCGACAAGAUGGAGCUGUGGGCUCUGGGGGUCCUCUCCGGAACGGAACGAACCAUUCGUUGAACCAUUGGAACAAUGUAUUGACUAG